AUGAUUCCAGUAGCAUCGGCAGGAGAAGAAGCAUUGAUGAGUCGACCAGGGACAAAUUAUUUUGAACGUAGCUGCCAUAGUGGUGGGCCUCCUGGAUUGCCAGGACCCGGUCCAGGACCAACAGACCCUCAAGGUACUCUCUUCAGCCGUACGGACACAAUGCCCAGUAAUCGUUGUGGUGUAGGACGACCUGAAUUUGAGCGAACAGUAGGAUAUGAACUUCAAGGCCAAAGAGGAUAUCCACUCUUGAGAGAACAUGUGCCAGGAAUUACUGUUAUCUGUGCUCAACGUUGUCGUGCUGAUCCUCGUUGUCAUGGCUUCAAUUUGGACUACAACCGUAAUGAAUGUACAGCUAUUGAGAAUUUUAGUGAUGCCACCCGAAUUGACAUGCGUCCAGUUCCUGGCAUUGCAUUUUUUGAAGGAGUUUGCUUAAGAGGUGCCACUUGUGGAUAUGCAUGGACAUUU